UAUAAAUGAAGGGAAAUAUCCCUGGACAAGUUGCUUGCUAGAGUUUCUUAAUUCCCCCUCUUCAAAAGAUGAAAUUCUUCUUCUUCGUUUUCUUCUUCGUCCUUCUCUUCUUGCAACAAUGGCUGCAUUGUCUCUCUGCUGUUAAUUAUGUCACUCAUCUUCCGGGCUUUCAAGGCGAACUUCCCUUCCAUUUAGAGACUGGGUAUGUGUCUAUAGAUGACGACAGCGGAGCGGAGUUGUUCUAUUACUUUGUGCGGUCGGAUUCGAAACCCGAGGAGGACCCUCUCAUCCUAUGGCUAUCUGGCGGGCCGGGCUGCUCGGGUUUUGUGGGUUUGGCUCUGGAGAUGGGACCUCUUCAUUUUAAGGUUGAUACUUUUGAUGGCAACAUUCCAACCUUAGUUGUCAAUCCUUAUUCUUGGACAAAGAUUGCUAAUAUGAUCUUCUUGGAUUGGCCUGUUGGUACUGGAUUCUCCUACUCCAUGACUGAUAAAGACUAUAUUACAGAGGAUAUUCAGGCUAAAGAAAAUAUCCUCAAAUUUCUCAGAAAGUGGUUCUUGAGACAUCCAAAUUUCAUGUUGAAUCCUUUCUACAUGGGUGGUGACUCUUAUGGUGGGAAGAUGGCUACACUUGUUUCUCAUGACAUUGUUGAAGAAAAUGAGCAGGGUCAAAAGCCAUUAAUCAAUAUUAAGGGUUAUCUGAUUGGCAACACUAUAACAGGCGAAAAAAUAGAUAUAAAUUCACAAGUACCUCAUGCAUACGGAUUAGGAAUUAUUUCUGAAGAACUCUAUGAGCUUAUUCAGAAGAACUGUGUGGGUGAGGAUUAUGAUCAGCCUCAGGGUGCAGUUUGUAAAACACAUCUCCAAGCCUUUAAUGCGUUUCUUUCAAAAAUUAAUGUUUUUGGUAUAUUGGAACCCUUAUGUUCUAAUGGAUUUCCGGGGGGGAUGUUACGCCUUCACAGAUCACUGGAAGAGAACUCACCAGAUUUCGUCUCUCAAUCUUCACCUGAUAAUAAUUGUAUAACUUCAGAUCUUCUUGCUAAUUACUGGGCAAACAAUCAACUUGUAAGAAAUGUCCUACAGAUUAAGGAGGGAACUGUGGGAAGAUGGUAUGGAUGCAAUCUCAAUGUAUCUAUAUAUAAUUACAGUCGUCUCAGCAUACCUAGCUCAUUGCCAUAUCACAGGAGUCUAACAACAAGAGGCUACAGAGCUCUGGUGUACAGUGGAGAUCACGAUUUGCAAGUAUCAUUUGUUGGUACAUUGGAGUGGAUAAAAUCACUGCGCUACAUAGUUUUAGAUCCAUGGAGAUCAUGGCAUGCAGUUGGCCAAGUGGCAGGAUAUACGAUUUUAUUCGGCAAUAAUUUGACUUUUGCAACUGUCAAGGGUGGAAAUCAUUUAGCACCAGCAAACAGACCUCUGCAAAGCUUUGUCAUGUUUGAGAGGUGGAUUUCUCAACAAAUUCUAUGAAUCCAUUGGAUUUCAGAACAAUAGAGAAUAAUAUAAUUGAAGCCUGCAUUUGUAAUAAUUUCCCAUGUGUGUGUAGAAAAUGUUAUGUGUGGUGGACCGCACAUUCGGAACACGGUCCAGAUGCAGUCGCGCUAAGAUGUAUUGCAUUGCAACCCAUCCGGAUUGUCGUUCAGAAGUACGGUCCUCGCACAUAAUAUUUGCCCUUGUGUGUGCAUGCGGAUGCGAAAUUGAAUUAUCUAAUUCUCACGCAUUUGAAAUAUGUUAGAAACUUUUGGAUAUUAAAAGAAAGAGCAGAUGAUC